GGCCGGGAGGACGGGUCCGUGGGCCUGCCCGAGGCCAUCGCCGCGCUGAGUCGGACGCUGCCCGAUGGACCUUGCCCCGAGACCUUCCGCCGAGCCAAGUUCGACCGUCCGGAGGCGGGGCCCGCGCUCUGGCGGCUGCUCUUCCACGUGCUCUGCCCGCCACCCGCAGCCAGCUACGCGCCCGCACCGACCCCGGAGGUCGAAGCCCGCCUGGUGAAGUCUGCGCUGCGCCACCAGGGCUACCCGCGGUGGGCGCUAGUGCGGCUCCCUGAGGACGGCUCCCAGGGCAGCCGAGAGCUGCUGCUGGCCUUGGCCUGGCUCCUGGCCCGCGGGCCCUUACUCCAAGGGCUGCUGACCCACACCCGUGUGCGGCUGGGGGACGAGAUGCCGCUGUGCCAGUGUGAGGCCCUGGCCAGCCCCGGCCCCCCUGCACCCCACGCGGAAGCAGACGGCCCGGUGGAUGUCCGCUACCUGCAGUGGCUGAUGGGAAAGCUGCGGUUCCGGAGCCGAGCCCUGGUGGCCAGCCAGCAGGAGCAGUGCGCCCUCCUGAGCAAGAUCCACGCAUACACCCGAGGUUGCCACAGCGACCGGAGCCUUGGCCACCUGUCUGUCGCGGAGACGGAGCUGCUCAGGGACCCAGAGGGCGGCCGGCAGCUGCUCCGGAGGCUGGAGGGCGAGAACACGCGUCUGGAGGCCUUUCUGCAGUGGCGCCGCGGCGAGCUGGUCUUCUGGCAGUGGAUGGACUCGGUGCUGGGUGCGGGUGCCCCGGAGGCCGCAGAGCCCACGCUUCUGCCCAGGAUCCCCCAGCGCGGGGUCGGCCAGCUGGACCUGCUGUCCGGGGAGCUGCAGGUGCUGCAGGCGCAGCUGGAGCGGGCAGCGCGGCCCCGGCGGGCGGCCUGGGAGGCCAGGGCUGGAGCCAGGGCCCCGGAGCAGAGAGCUGCGCGGCAGGCGGUGCGGGAGGCCGUGGCGCGGGAGCUGGCGGCCCUGCAGCGGGGCUGGGGGCACGGCGGGGCUCCGGACCUGCCCCAUGGGCCCUGCCGGCUGGUGAGGGGCUCGGCCACGGCGCCCGGGGGCCUACGGGCGGCCCAGGCCAUCGGGGUGCUGAGGAGCAGGGCCGCCUGCUUGGAGGCGGAGCUGCGGCAGCUGCAGGCUCGCUGUCGGCAGGAGCUGGCCGGGGCGGCCGGGGCCCUGCCUGGCCUCCUCUGGAUCCCGCCGCCUGGCCGCCCAGGGCCCGGGAGAGCGUCUGGAGGGGCUGCCCCGAGGCUGCGGUGAUGGGCUGGGGAUGUCCCUGCAGGGAGCUGCCCCAGAAGGCCUGGCCGCUGGCCUCGGGCGCAGGAGGCCUGAGCUGCCUGCUGGCCGUCUCCUAUCCAGUGCGGGGUGCCCGGGGCACCAGAGGGGUGCUGGGUGGUCUGCUGCUCUCCUGGGCCAGUGCUUUGGGGGUGGGGGGCGUGUGGACAGAGGGCCACUGUUUCCAGGCGGCUGGGCCGACAAAGAGCCGCCUGUGCGGGACCUGCCCCGCCUGCUGCCCGGCCACGCCCCGCUGGGGGCUGGGCCGGCAGCCUCAGCCCUGCCCCGCGCCAGCCCUCCUGAGAGGCCACGUCCGUUCCCGGCCCCUGGACACCCGGCCUGCCGGGACCUCCCGGGGGGGUGUGGCCCGACCUCAGCAAGGGCAGCAGCUGCCAGCCCAGAAGCUUUACCCUGCUGGACACCUGCUGCCGCCCUGCAGGGCCACCCCCGAUUCUGCCUCGCAGUAUCUCAGCCAGCCCCAGGGGGCCCCUCGUCCAGCCCUGGCGCCAUACCACCAGCCUGGCGCACGCAGGAGCCGCUCCGGCCCGCUGGGCUGCCACCACCCCUCGCCCUGGACAUGGUGCCCUGCUCGCCCGCCCCAAGGCCCUGAGAGCCUGGCUUCACAGAGCAGAGUGCGAACCCCAGGUCUCUGUUCACCCUGGCUCACCCCAGGUCUCUGCUCACCUCAGGACGAUUCUGGCAUAACCCUGGGUGUGUCCCUGUGUCUGGGGACGCCUGUGCUGGCCCCCAGGUGGGGGGAGAGGAUGGCCCUGCCCCGCCCCCUGUGCCCGCCCCAGCCCUGGCCCUUCCUGCGGCCACACCUCAGCCCAGGCCUUUGGCCUGGCAAGCUGCACAGCCACUGGGGGCGCGGGCGGUGCGGGGCCCUGCCGUGGAGGGGCAGAGACUGCCCGCUGGACUGGAGGCCAGCCCGCCAGGGAGGGGCCUCCCGAGACAGCAAUCAGCUUUCCUCAAAAGGCGCUGUUCAGAGGGCAGACGAGCCGGGCGGGCGCGGUGUCGGGGAGCAGCGGCGAGGGGCCUCCCGGUGGCCGGCCGUCAACCUCCGGCGGUCACCCCUGCGGCCUGAGUGGUUCCCGCCAGGGGGUGACCCACAGGUCUCUGCACUGCCCUUGGCAGUGUAACUCGGUGGACACGCCUGGCAUGCUCCCCACUCUUCUCUGGUGAAUCCUCAGCCCUGUACCUCUGACCUGCACCCCGGUUCU